UCCCUGAUCCUGUUCUCUGUGCUGGGACCAGUCCAAGGGUCGCGGCCAGGGAAGAACGUGCAGCUGACUGAGAACGAGAUCCGCGGGCUCUGUCUCAAAUCCCGAGAGAUCUUCCUGAGCCAGCCCAUCCUGCUGGAGCUGGAAGCACCCCUCAAGAUCUGCGGUGACAUCCACGGGCAGUACUACGACCUCCUGAGGCUCUUCGAGUACGGGGGCUUCCCCCCUGAGAGCAAUUACCUGUUUUUGGGCGACUACGUGGACCGGGGCAAGCAGUCGCUGGAGACCAUCUGCCUGCUGCUCGCCUACAAGAUUAAGUACCCCGAGAACUUCUUCCUGCUGCGGGGCAACCACGAGUGUGCCAGCAUCAACCGCAUCUAUGGCUUCUAUGACGAGUGCAAGCGAAGAUACAACAUCAAGCUCUGGAAAACUUUCACUGACUGCUUCAAUUGUUUGCCCAUUGCUGCCAUCGUGGAUGAGAAGAUCUUCUGCUGCCACGGAGGGCUGUCCCCAGACCUGCAGUCGAUGGAGCAGAUCCGGCGGAUCAUGCGGCCCACGGAUGUCCCGGAUCAGGGGCUGCUCUGUGACCUGCUCUGGUCUGACCCCGACAAGGACGUGCAGGGCUGGGGCGAGAAUGACCGUGGGGUCUCCUUCACCUUCGGGGCCGAGGUGGUGGCCAAAUUCCUGCACAAGCACGACCUGGACCUCAUCUGCCGGGCACACCAGGUGGUGGAGGAUGGCUAUGAGUUCUUCGCCAAGCGCCAGCUCGUCACCCUCUUCUCGGCCCCCAACUACUGCGGCGAGUUCGACAACGCCGGCGCCAUGAUGAGCGUGGACGAGACGCUCAUGUGCUCCUUCCAGAUUUUGAAGCCGGCCGACAAGAACAAGGGCAAAUACGGGCAGUUCAGCGGGCUGAACCCCGCUGGGCGCCCCGUCACCCCUCCCCGAAACUCUGCCAAAGCCAAGAAAUGAGCUGGGAGCCGUC